CAAAGCAAAAUUUUUUUUUAAGAAAAAUAGUAAAAAAGGACCAUUUAAUAGGCAGAGUCCGCGUUAUGGGGGCAUAGCAACAAAGCAGGGUGUCAGGUUUUGGCGUGCAUAGCUGAGCAAGCUGGAAGGUGCUGGUAGUAGUGGUGGUGGUUUUUUCAAACUUCAACGGUUAAAAAAAUUAAAAAAAUUAAAAAAACUGAAAAAAUAUAAACUUUGAUUUGUUUAUGAUGCGGGUUUGGAACUUGAAGCUUUUAAAGGCCUCCAAAGAGGACUUGGUGACAUGAAUAUUUUAUUAAAAAAAAAAUUUUAAAAAAAGGGUAACAAAGAAACAGAGUAAUCAGAAAGAGAAUAGAUAAAGAAAUGGUGGGUAGUGUGGUGUAGUCAGAUUUGUGCUUGUGGGUUGUCUCUGGUAUGAAGAAUUAGUUUAGUGUUGAGAGUCUGCUGGCAAUGUCUCCUGAGCUGACUUGGUGCACCCGGGCUCCGUGGGCUUUGCCGCCGACCAAGGAAACAGCCUCUUCUUUGGCUCUCUUGCUAUUCAAGAGAACCUUUUUCUUAAAAAAUUAGACAACAACCUAUCCUCCUCUUUCCCUUUUUUUUUUUUUUUUUUUUUUUUUCUUUUCUCUCUCUUGCUCAGACUUUCUCUGGCCUCGAUUGCUGUCAAGAUUCGGUCAUACCCUCCACAGCAUAUAUCCUUAACCCCUUCUUUGAGAUCCUACAUUUAUUUAUUUUUAUUUUUAUUUUUAUCCCUUGAAGCUCAGUGAGGUUGUUGUAUUCACAAGUUGAGUCCCCACCCAACAAGACACCUGGGGGUAUUUAUUUCCAUUUCUGGUAACUUUUUCCUCAAAUGGGUGGGCAUGUUUAUUGGUGGUGAGUGGUGGUCUUUGUUAAGUCUUUGAUUAGUAAUUAUCAGUUUGAGUAGUGGGGGAAGCUUAUUUUAGGAACUUGGGGGAGCAGAUCUAUUUGCUUGCCAAGAUGAAGUUUAUGAAACUUGGAUCGAAGCCGGAUGCAUUUCAAACCGACGAAAACAAUGUCAGGUAUGUGGCAAGUGAAUUGGCAUCAGAUAUCACUGUUAUUGUAGGAGAUGUGAAGUUCUAUUUGCAUAAGUUUCCUCUCCUGUCAAAGAGUAGCCACUUGCAGAAGUUGGUUGCAACCUCUAAUGAAGAAAACAGUGAUGAAGUUUACAUCUCCAGCAUUCCUGGUGGCCAUGCUGCCUUUGAGAUAUGUGCCAAAUUUUGUUAUGGUAUGAUUGUCACGCUAAAUGCUUACAAUGUUGUUGCUGCUCGCUGUGCUGCUGAGUUCUUGGGAAUGCAUGAGACUGUUGAGAAAGGGAAUCUCACUUACAAAAUAGAUGUCUUUCUUAGCUCUAGCAUUUUUCGUAGCUGGAAGGAUUCAAUCAUUUUUCUUCAGAGUACCAAGUCACUCUUACCAAUAUCUGAGGAAUUGAAAUUGGUCAGCAAUUGUAUUGAAUCUAUAGCUACCAAGGCCUGUCUCGAUGUUUCCAAAGUUGACUGGUCAUAUUCCUAUAAUCGGAAGAAGAUCCCAGAGGAAAAUGGUAAUGAUCCAAACUUGAAUGGUGUCCGAAUCCGUCCUGUACCAAAGGACUGGUGGGUUGAGGACUUAUGUGAGCUUGAAAUUGAUUUAUUUAAGCAGGCUUUAACAAGUAUAAAGUCCAAAUCAGUACUGUCUAAUGAAGUAGUUGGAGAAGCGUUGAAAGCUUGUGCUUACAGAAGGUUACCAGGUUUCAGCAAGGGUAUGAUCAGGUGUGGAGAUAAUAUAAAACAUCGAUCAACUGUUGAUGCAAUUGUUUGGCUGUUGCCUGCACAGAGAGGCAGUGUCUCUUGUAGCUUCUUGCUGAAGUUGCUGAAAGCAGCCAUUUUCGUCGAGUCUGGAGAUAUGGCUAAGGAAGAACUGUUAAAAAAAAUAGGACAACAGCUGGAGGAGGCCUCUGUAAAUGAUCUUUUGAUACGAGCAGCAGAAGAUGAAACUAUGAUGUAUGAUGUUAAUACAGUACAAAGAAUUGUUGAAGAGUUUUUAAGGCAAGAUCAGAAUGCUGAGAUGGAAUUAUUAGAAGAUGGCCAUGAACUUCAGAAGAUAAGUCCAGGGAUUUUAUCAGAUGCUUCCAAGUUGAUGGUGGCCAAACUGAUCGAUGGGUACCUGGCUGAAAUUGCUAAGGAUCCCAAGUUACCUUUAUCAACUUUUGUCAAUCUGGCUAACAUGGUGUCAGGUAUCUCACGGCCUGCUCAUGAUGGGAUAUAUCGAGCCAUUGACAUGUAUCUGAAGGAACACCCUGGGAUCAGCAAGAGUGAGAGAAAAGGGAUAUGCAAACUGAUGGACUGCAAGAAGUUAUCAGUUGAUGCUUGCAUGCAUGCAGUGCAAAACGAGAGACUUCCGUUGCGUGUAGUAGUGCAAGUACUCUUCUUCGAGCAGGUGAGGGCUGCUGCAUCAUCAGGAAGCAGCACGCCUGACCUACAUAAAAGUAUGAAGGAUCUGAAUGGUGGCUCACAUGGGAGCUCAAGGUCUGCAACAACAAACACAGACGAAGACUGGGAUGCAGUGGCAACAGCUGAGGAACUCAGGGCCCUAAAGAGCGAACUAGCUUCCUUGAGAUUGAAUAACCGUGAGAGGAAUGGUGGAGAUAGCAAGAAUGGUGUGGACAAGGCUACCAUUAGUAAAAUGAGAGGGUUACUCAAAUCCAAGAAGAUCUUAAUCAAGCUCUUCUCAAGCAAAGGACAGGGCGAGAAUAGUGGUUCUGAUUCUUCAGAAAGUCUUGGUUCUGCUAACCCAGAAGAAGCUAAAUCCACACCUUCCAGAAAUAGAAGGCAUUCAGUCUCUUAGUAGAAGAACUUUUGACACAAAAAUUUAGGUCCUAUUCUUAUUUUUUAUCCUUUUUUCUCUGACAUUAGAAACUUGAGAACUAUGGUUGUCUUUUAAUUGAGCAAAAGAAAUGAAGUACAUAAAGUUUGGAAGAA